AUGGGUACAUGUUACAGUAAACGAUCUGGUUGUUACGAUUUAAACUCGUUUAAUUCUACUUUACCACCACCCGAAACUCCAAUUGCUCUAAGACGAUUUAGUAGUCUACGUCAAAGUUUAAAAACGAUGACAUUUUCACAUCAUAAUCGAAAAAGUUUUCGCUAUAAAACUGUUGUUAAAAAUAGUACAAAUAAAAACUGGUAUAUUAUACGUUAUAAUGAAACAAAAGAAUGUCUCGUAUGA